CAUUGCACCUUGCUGUCAACAUACCUACCGGGCACUUCCUGCUUUCGAUAUGUAUUCGUUUUCAUUUCUUUUUUGCGAGUGGACGUAGCGUGGCACCUCGCUGUCAUGUGUUAAUGAUUUCGUUUCAUGUUCCCGACACGGUCUGUGGGUCUUACGGACCGAACACAACGACUUUGGCUUCAUGUUCGGCUCAAAGGAAGAGUCAUCUCUCCGGACCCUGCUGCCAGAACAUUACUUGGACUUAAUUAAGCACCGCGGUUUUAUUUGUUUACAUGUGGACUAUUUCUGUCGUUUUGUUUUCUUUGUCAAAUUCAGCGGCGGCGGCGGCGGCGGCAGCAGCAGUAGUGAGGGACGGUGCGUGGUGGAGAGGAAUGAAUGAGAGGAUAUGUGUGCCCCCCAGCUGAAAACCUCUGUCGCCUUGACCUGUGCGUCUCAUCAGUCCCUCAGCGAGUAUGUAUCGCAGGAACGGACUCUCAGAUGACACCAGCAUCAAUUCAGUCACUUCAGAGGCGAGCAGCAGCUCAGAUUCUUUGGAUGGACCUCGUGUAGACUACGCCAAGAGCUAUGACGCCGUCAUCUUUGACGUACUGAAGGUGACACCGGAGGAGUUUGCUAGCCAAAUCACUCUAAUGGAUGCACCAGUCUUCAGGGCAAUACAGCCAGAGGAGCUGGCCAGCUGUGGCUGGAAUGGGAAAGAGAAGCACAGUUUGGCCCCCAAUAUUGUCGCAAUCACGCGUCGAUUCAACCAGGUGAGCUUUUGGCUGGUGAGGGAAAUCUUAACGGCCCAGACACUGAAAAUCCGAGCAGGGAUAUUGAGCCAUUUCAUUAAAAUAGCAAAGAAACUGUUGGAGUUGAACAAUCUUCAUUCUCUUGUGUCAGUGGUGUCAGCUCUGCAGAGCGCUCCCAUCUUCAGACUCAGCAAAACCUGGGCUCUCAUCAGUCGGAAAGACAAGGCCACGUUUGAGAAACUAAACUAUUUGACAUCCAAGGAGGACAACUACACUCACAUGAGGGAACAUACCCGCUCCCUGAAGAUGGUGCCCUGUAUUCCGUACCUUGGGAUAUACCUGUUGGAUAUGAUCUACAUUGAUUCAGCAUAUCCUGCGUCGGACAGCAUCAUGGAGACACAGCAGCGGACUAAUCAGAUGAACAAUCUUCUGAGAGUCCUCUCCGACCUACAGGUGUCGUGUAACUAUGAUCAACUUGUGAUGCUGCCACAUGUCCAGAAAUACCUGUUGUCCGUUCGCUACAUAGAGGAACUCCAGAAGUUUGUAGAGGACGACAACUUCAAGCUGUCUCUGAAGAUUGAACCGGGCAACAGUUCCCCUCGCAUUGCUUCUUCUAAAGAGGACCUGGCAGGUCUGUCUGAGGUAUCAGCCUCUCUCAGAUAUAACCGGAGGCCUACCUGUCCUGACGCAUCUGUGGGGGUCCAUAUCCCCAGUCCUCCGUCCUCCCACCACAGGAAGAGCCAUAGUCUGGGAAACAAUAUGAUGUGUCAGUACGGCAUGUCGGAGAGCAGGAGUGCGACAUUUCCUAUCAAAGCGCGACACUUGCUGGACGACAGCUUCUUAGAGUCUCAGAGUCCUGUCAGAAUAGAUCCACACAGUACAUCUGUGUCUAACGGCCUGUCAUUAGCAAGCAGUGAAAGCUCUUUUUCGGAGGAACUAUCCGCUAAAAUGGAGAGGGGCCGCAUGUACGCAACACUGGGUCCCAACUGGAAGGUCCCAACUCACGACUCCCCCCGGAGCUAUGGCUAUGUGUACAGCUUCUCUGCUGCCAACUCCUUCUAUGGCUGCAGUGAGGCCGACAAUGUGAUCAUGGAAGGACCGCUGCGAAGGAAAGCAAUGCUUAAGGAAGGACGGAAACCCAAGUUGUCAUCAUGGACCAGGUUUUGGAUAACCCUGUCAGGAUCAACCCUGACCUUUUAUGGGGCAAAAGCACUGAGAGCUUCUGAAAGGAAACAUUAUAAAUCCAAACCCUGUAAGAAGAUGUGUGUGACUGGAUGGAUAGUGGUGCUGCCAGAUGACCCAGCCAGACCCAACAUCUUCCACCUCAAUGACCCAGACAAAGGUAACAUUUACAAGUUCCAGACAGGAUCCAGAUUUUCAGCCAUCAUCUGGCACAAAAACCUGGAAGAGGCUUGUAGGAGCAGAAGACCUCAGAUACCAGCAAACCUUAUGUCAUUUGAAUGACACGAUGUCCUUUGAAUACGGACCCUGUGAAGCAUUGUGUGUGUAGAUGAAAUGGGAGCAUGAAGAAGUGUCUGAAGAAGCUCCGAUACUGGAUGUGCCACUGUACAGAACACAACACGUGUAAUAUACAUUUCCGUAAACACCUAAGAAGACUUGGUGAGGCUGUCGUUUUCUUUCUUUCUCUAAGCUUCUUGUUCAGUGACUUUGUUCGACUGCUGUAAAGAAGUGAAGAAGCGUAUGACAAACAUGGACAACGGUGUUUGUUGACUGAUACUGAUGUUAAGUUUACACAGCAGCAGUUGUUCCACUGCCUUCAGGUGGAGCUCUGUUUUUCUAAAGUGAAAGUAAGAAGACACUUGUUGAUUCAUGAAACUGCAAUCGCAAAAAAAACAACUGAGAAAACUGGAGGAAAAGCUUCUUUCUUUUUUUUUUUUUAAAUCAAACAUGGGGAAGGAUUUCAUUUGUUUUUUCUGUGUUGCAAUGUCAAGGACAAAGACAAAGAAAACCAGUGUCAAGACAUCCCGUGUUCUUGAUCUCGUGAUGAACAUGAAAACCAUGACCCUGUUCAAAGGCCUCAUUAUUGUUUUGAAGAUGAAGCGAACGAUUCACCUUCUUUCACUUCUUUCACAUCCAGCUGGACUGAUUUUGUACCAAAAAAAGAGAUCAUUUGUAAUCAGAGUCAUGAGUUUGGCUUUGAAUUGUUCAUUUAAAAGUAAAGAGAGGAAACAAUCUACUACAAAAGCCACUUCAGAACACAGUGGAUAUCUUUUUUUUUUGUGUGUGUGUUUAUGCUUUAUUGAGCCAAGCAUUAGCAAAGAGCCAAAUCUAAGUUGGUUCUCUGGCUCAAGUAAAAACCACUUACUCAUCUCUGAAAUAUCACGAGAAGUGUCAGGAUCAUGUAGGGACGAAUACUCGGGGGGUUUAGGUAAGGAGUCAUAGCACGGGCCCCUGCUACAGAUCGCUAAUCCUCCUUAAAGACAUGUUUGCUAAUCAACAAAGCCGGGUUUUAACAAUCAAUAUGUUCUAAAAGUUAAAUCAAAAUACAUUCAACCACCGUGGCAAUUAUAGUGAACGUGGCGAUUACUGUCUAUAAUGCAGAGAAGAGCCAGCUAUUGUGUUUAAGCUAAGUUAGCUGACUGAGUAACUAAAGCAAUCUACAAUGAUGUACCAAGCUUUUAACAAUGUGUGUGUGAUUCAUUUUGUAAAUACUGUUUGUUUGUUUUUUGUUUUUUUUUCACCACCUGCUGAAGGAAGCUGCUGCUGCUUAGAGGAACUGUUUGUGGAAUAGCACGCUAACACUGAAGGACACUGCUAGCGAAGGAAAGACUCUUUUCUCGUGGUUUAGUUUUGUCCUAGUUUAAAGUGACACGUCAGGUUUUUGUUGAAGUGUGUUGUUUGAGGUACUAUUGGUGUUGUCAGCGCUGACGGAGCUGUGCCCGCUUGUCCACAGAGUCUGCGGCGCGUUAGCAGCUACUAUUGUUAGCAGAUGUUAGCCACUUUGUCUCGGUGCCUUUAUCCAACUACACACUGACGCCUGUAAACCGCUCACAGUUCACAGAGAAAAUGUGUGUGUCUUUAUCUCAUGGGGACACAGGAUUAGGUUUAUCCAAACUAAGGAUUCCAAACACACAAAAUAACACAUUUGCACUUAACCCUUCUGUGACCAUCCUGUCAUCGCGGUCAGGAUUUGGCACGUGUACUUCUCAUUACUGCAACUCCUAGACCGUUUGUGAUAAAUAGAAAAUUAAAAAACUACGAACUGACAGCACCCUGCGUGACCCUCAUGUGGAGGAUAAAGCGGUAGAAGAUGGAUGGAUACUGGAAAGCAGAGAAAUGGAGCUUUGCGCCAGUGUAAUUGUCAUUACGGUAGCACUCAGGAGUUCCGCAUCACACGUUUGUGACGUCAGCUUCUCAAUACCGUUGUUCCUAAAUAGUUGAAUAACUGCCAGAUAUUGAAAGAGAAAGUUAUCUUGGAAAAAUGGGCAGAAGCACUCGCUCAAUUUUACAGCCAUAAAAUGUAAAUAAAUCCAGGCGGCUUGGUUAUCAUGACGGCCAUAAGAGGGUUAAUGAUGGAAGCGUCGGUGGAUCAACAGCUCCCCUGUGCUGUGAUGUAAAAUCAGUCUUUAUAGAUAGAGAUAACUUUUCUCUAUCUCUAAAUCUAUCUACAUUAACCCUUUAACACCGAGCGUAUCACAGAUGACACGUUUGCACAAGUGCACUAUCAAAAUUUAAAUUUUUGCUCAUUGAGCCCUAUUUUAAAUAUGUUUUACACGGUUCAAAUUUCAAAUUUAACACAAAAUCUGGUGUUCGUGUCCAACUACAGAGUUUUUUUCACAACAAAACUUUGUUUUUCUGAAUACUAUUUCAACAUGGAGUAAAUUGAAAAUAACUGCCAGAUAUUGAAAGUUGUUCUGGAAAAAUGGGCAAAAGCACUUACUCACAGGAUAAUUUCAGGCCCUUUUAUGGUUAAAAUGAGGUGUUAAAGGGUUAACAUAUUCUUAUUUAUAUGUUAAUGUGUUCUCAUACAGUGAUACUUAAAAAAAAAAGAAAAGCCUGUACUGUCCCUUUAACAGCAACAAGGGACGGCCUGAAAUCAAGGCAUUUGUUAAUCUGUUUACCGCUGCUCGACAAUGGUUGUGUGUUUUGAAUUUUUAUGUUUACACUACAGUCACUAGAGUGCAUGAGUCAGUCUGUGCGGUUUGUGUCACAACCAGGUCAUCCGUGGACUCGGCAUCACCACCACAGAAGAACCUCGUCUGUUUCCGUCAGUGUCACUCUGCUCAACUCGACAAAGAACUGUAUUUAAAUGAACUCUCCUGGUGUAUUUAUAUUGGUACAGUUUAAAGAUUUAAAAAGGGAAAAAAAAAAAAAGCGUCACAAUGAAAGCAGUAAAUGAAUGUUGUCAUGUUUUGUGAUGUUUACAACGUUGAGCAGAAUCACGACUGAAAAAGAAUUUGAUCAGUGCAAUCGGCUUUCUUUAAAAAAAAAAAAAAAAGAUGUAUUCAUGGUUAUUUCUGACUUUGUGUUUGUAUUAUAACUCAAUGUACACAGUGAUUAACCUGAUUUGGGGGCAAACCACCUGAACUUUUUGUCUUGUUUUAAUCCGAACACAAUCACUUCAAACUAUUUUCUCUUGUAAAAAUGUAUGCAACACCAUGAACACUAGGGUUGUUGAAGUGUACUUUGGUACAAGAGACUUUUUUUCCCCCCACUGAUCACUGAUUAACUGCAGUCCUGUUUAAAACCCAAGCCUUGAGCAGGUCAGACUUCAGAAAAGAACCCUUCACCCUUCAAUGUGAAAGGAACUGAAGUGUUUUUUUUCUUUCUGUCCAGCAAGAAAAAAAGUUUACUCUCAGAAAGUGUAUUGUAGAGUGUGUGGCUGCUGCUGCUGCUGCUGCUGCUCAGGCUCAACCGAUGGAUGGACGGGAUGCAGCAAUAACAAAAGAAAACAAUUCUAAAAUCCAAAUUGUUCACAUUCAUUGGGAAGAAAACAUUGGCUAGAAUUGUACCAGUGUGUUGUACCUGCUGCAUUGAAUUCUGACACGUCUGUGGAGCAUCCCCUUUAAAGAAAGGCGCUUAGAUCCAGUGCAGAGUUGCUUUCUAUUGAGCUGUGUUGUUGCCAUGUUUCUAUUUUUUUGUUUGUUUUUGUUACUGAACAGUGUUUAUAUGUUUGCCGAUGGAAAAUAUGAUUGGAGUUGUAAAUAAUAAACUGUAAUUAUCAUUUAA